AACAAAUGUAAAUGUUUUACAGUGAACCUUCAAAGUGGUCUAGAGGGACCCCCGUUGAGCAAUCUUGCUAUGAAAAUGAGUCCAAUAUUUGCCCCUGAUGGCAAUGGGGGUUCCAUCGGAUUGGACGCUGUCGUCAAAAAAGAGUGGGUCAAAAGGGAAGAUAGGCGCAAGCAGCAAGCAAUUGCAAAGAUAGAAAGAUUUCCAUUCUUCAGGGGCCACCCCUUUGAAAUGGAGAUUGAAAUUCAAAAAGAAGGAUAUGUGGUUUUUGUUGACGGUACCUAUAUCCUGGGAUUCAAGCACCAGAUGUCUAUUGAGAAAAUAUCACAUCUCAUCUUAGAUGGUGAUGUAAACUUUUACAAUGUACAUUACCCAGAUUUAAAGACACUACCCUAUGUGAAAGAAAUCCCCAACGGUCUGUGUAUCGGCGAGGUUGUAUGUAUUGAUGGCUACAUUCCAGAAUACGCAGAAAGUUUUCAAUUUGGGUUCCAAACCAAUGACCACUACUAUCCUGAUACCACAGUAGCCUUCCACAUGAAGGUGCAACUCCAGGGCAUGGACAGGAAGGCUGUUUGCAAUGCAUACAUCAACAACAAAUGGCAAGUGGAGAAGUUUGUGGACGGAUAUCUGCCGUUUGUCAGAGACAGUAAACUGGACAUUAAAGUAACUGUAUGGAAAGAUUAUUUUAUGGUGGACGUUAACGACAGUUUCUUUGUGGAAUACAAGUAUAAUGUAGUGCUAGGAGAUGUCACACAUGUUGCGAUAGAUGGAGACAU